ACGCGUUUUCUGCUUUGCUGUUUUAGCAUUCUCCCGUAACCAUUACCACAUGGCCUCACUGAGACCUGCUGUUUCCCCUCCCCUCUCCCGCACCAAAUAUAGGCGAAACCCAGGCUUUGUGUCCAAGUGUUUAUUCAUCUUUAAAUGAGCCAUUACUCAAUGGUUCAAUAUCCCCAAACGAUACGUUGGACGUGGCUCUCUUUGAAAGUCUCCCUCUUCCCUUUUGCUUCCCUUUGUCAGGUUUUAAGUUUUAAAAAAUUCAACAUUUUAAUUCAGUGAAGUCACCCCCCACAUGUCCAUUCUGUCCCUGCAGCUCAAAUUGAGGUCAUCCCUUGUAAGAUCUGUGGGGACAAGUCCUCAGGGAUCCACUAUGGAGUCAUCACCUGUGAAGGCUGUAAGGGUUUCUUCCGUCGUAGCCAGCAGAACAACGCCAUGUACUCCUGCUCGCGCCAGAGGAGCCUGAUCGACAGGACCAACCGUAACCGCUGUCAACACUGCCGGCUGCAGAAGUGUCUGGCACUAGGCAUGAGCCGAGACGCGGUGAAGUUCGGCCGCAUGUCGAAGAAGCAGCGCGACAGCCUGUACGCCGAGGUGCAGAAGCACCAGAAGUCCCAGGAGGGCCUGGGCUCGGGAGGCGGCGGCCCCGGGGGUCUGUCCCUGCCCAGGGAGGAGGGCGUUUGUGGGGCCGCGGGGGAGGACGCAGAGGGAGGCCUGAGCCGCUCCUACAGCACCGCAGGCUCCAGCUCCGCCCUCAGCGACCUGGAGGACAUCGCGGCGCUGCCCGACCUCUUUGACCUCCCCCUGAGCCCCGAGGAGGCCAGCGACUACUCCGGCCUGGACCUCCUGGGGGGCGGGGCCGGAGACAGCGCCGGGAACGCCUCCAGUUGCUCUUCCUCGUCCUCCUCGUCCUCCUCGUCCCUGUCCAAUCGGAGCUCGCCGCAGCAGACGAGGAUGGACGGGGCCGACGGGAGCGGCGUGGCGCUCAUGCACACGCACUCUCGCACGCACGCGCUGCUCGUGCACGCCAACGCCUCUCUGCUGGACCAGCUGCCCGAUGACUGCUCCAUAACGGAACUCGAGCGCAUCACGCAGAGUAUCUUGAAGUCUCACCUCGAGACCUGCCAGUACAGCGUGGAGGACAUGAAACUCUUCACCUGGGUUCAAUACUCACCCGAGGAAACCCGCAGUUUUCAAUCAAAGCCUGCAGAGUGGAUGUGGCAGCAGUGUACCCAUCACAUCACCAAUGCCAUCCAAUACGUGGUGGAGUUUGCCAAACGCAUCGCUGGCUUCAUGGACCUGUGCCAGAACGAUCAGAUAAUCCUACUCAAAGCAGGUUGCUUGGAGGUCCUGCUCAUACGCAUGUGCCGUGCGUUCAAUGCAACCAACGGCAGCAUUUUCUUUGAUGGAAAGUUUGCUUCCGCUCCAUUCUUCAAAGCACUUGGUUGUGACGACCUGGUGAGCGCAGUGUUUGACCUUGGAAAGGUUCUCUGCCGCCUGCAGCUGUCGGAUGAGGAGAUGGCUCUGUUCAGUGCUGCAGUCCUGCUGUCCCCAGAUCGGCCCUGGCUGAGUGAGGGCCCCAAGGUCCAGAGGCUCCAGAAGAAGGUCUACCUGGCUCUGCAGCACAGCCUACAAAUGAGUGGGGCCUCAGACGAGAAACUAGACAUGAUGGUGUCCAAGCUGCCCCUGAUGAAGUCAAUCAGCAACCGGCACAACGACAAACUGGAGUUUUUCCGCUUGGUGCACCCCGAAACCGCCUACUGCUUCCCCCCUCUGUACCGGGAGGUGUUUGGCAGUGAAAUGUCGGUCCCCGACUCCACCGCCAGCUAGACAGAUGGACGGAGAGUGUAGGGAAGACCAGAGCAGGUAACGCCAGAGCAGAGAAGAGAGUAGGGUGAAGAUGUUGACUCCCAACAACCAGCAUAUAUUCAGACAAUCCAGGAUUUUAAAUACUUGGUGUCUCAUGAUCCCAAGCUAGUCCUCCACUUUCCUCAGCAAAGCAGCACCUUACACCACAGACCGCACACUCGCCUCUGCUCCUCUGAUACCGUAGCAUUACCGUCACCCUGAUGUGGAAAUGUGAGCUCACAUAGCCUGAAUAAGCUCAAAGCUAGAAGCUACAACACUUUAUUUUUUUUUCUUCUGACUGCUGGUCCUCCGGAUCGGAUGGUCAUGAAUGUACCUCAUGUUUUAAGCACCAGUGCACAAGCAAGAACCAAACAGUGAAUGUACAAACUUGCCACUCUGUGUUCAGAGUGUUCUGCUAAAUAAUUCGGUAAGAAUAUAAUGUCUUUAUAUUCCAGUUAUGUCUUUUUUCUUUUAUGUGUGCGUCGAUACAUCUGGUAUGGUACACAUAGAAACUCAUUCUCUCUUAUAACAUAAUUAUACUGACCAUCUCAGUGGGACCAAGAUCAUUGAUUUUGUAUAUAUAUUGUCCUGAUAUUAUGAAAGUAAAGCAGGUAUUACACAAGGCACAGCCCCGGCUGUCCCAAUUGCUUUCAUUAUCUACAGUCUCGCAUGCACACACCAACAGAGCCACUCCUAGAUGGUGUUUGGUGCUGCCUGUCGCAGGCCCACGAUGUAAUGCAAAGAGAAACCUCAGUCCCACACUCCCCCAUCCCUUGUUAAUGCCACUCAGUCAGGAACAGAUCAAAUUAUCUCUAAUUUAUAUACACAUUUAUAAACAAAUAUUUUAAAUAAGAAUGUAAAUAGAUAAUUCUAUUAAACUGGGCGAUCAUGCGUGAGUGCAGUACAUAGGGUGAGAAGAGAGGCGAGCAAACGCGAUUCAGGGGAUCACACUCGCUCAUGAGAAAACGGAUACUCCAGGAAAACACUCAAUUCUUUGGACCAUGCUCUCAGGUUUCCAUGGCAACCCCCCCUCUUCCCCCCCCCCCCCAUCGUACUAUAAUAAAACGACCCCAUCUGUUUGAGGUCAUUUACUGUUGAUAUGUUGGUGUUGGCAAGCGUGGACACUCAUCUCUCGCCCAGCAAGGCAGGGAGACCGAUCUGCCCACGCAAAUGCAAAGACAUUAUCGUGAUCCUGCGCCUGAACUUUCACUCGCCACGUUGGCUCUCUACACUCCUGAGAGGAGGACGUGGAGGGAAUGUGAUGGCGGGGCAAAAGUUUAAUUCAUGAACAAUGUUGUAAGAGCAUUUUGAAACCCAGGGUUUCCCCAUCCCCUUGCAUAUUUCGAACCAGCAGGUAUUAUGUGUUGUGGACAUGUCUUUGGUCGGGCGCCUCUGGUUACUGGUCGGGCAUCGGCCGGCUUAAUGGGUAUCUUAGGCGCUGUUUGGAAUAACUGUUAUUUUUGCAUAUUUGCUGUACCUCUCUCCCUCAGUAGCACUAGGAUCCGGUAGUUGUGGAAACACCAAGCACUUAUUCCUCCUUCUCCUCACAGGGCACUAGCCAGUGGCCAGACAGAGACAACAGCAGCUCCCCACCGGCCCCUCCGAGCUAGGCUAGCCCUUGAUGUUCGUUGGAGUGCAUAGAAAGGCCCACGCAGACGUUUUUCUGUAUGAGCAACUUGUAACGUACUUGUACAGAGUUCCAAAGCUCCUCUUAAAGUUUACUUUCACAACAACAAGCUGUAUGACUAAUGGAAUAGAGAUGCUGGCCAUAGAGUGAGGAUUAGUUAACAACGCAUUGCCUGCUAGAAGGAUUGGGACUGAUGAGAAAGCAUUCGUUUUCAGAACUUAAGGGGGACUGCGGGGGGAGGGGCUAGCUGUGCUCCCUGAGGUGACCGUAUCACUAGUGUCUUCUAGCCUUGUACACACCUUUGCACCUAAGAUGAGACCCAUAACUGUAUAACUGUGGUGAUUAGGGUUACUCUAUUUUUGUGAAUGUUCUCACACCGUGUCAAAAGUCCUUUUUAUCCUAAUAUUGUAAUUAUUAGGAUUCUUCAGAUUCAUUGUACUUUUGCUGUGAUUUUCAUCUGUCAAUCUUUCCACAAUUUUUGUUUUUUGUCCUUGUCUUGUCAAGUAAGUGAUCUACUUUAUAUUGAAAUAAUGGACUAUUCCAAAUUUGACUCCCUGCUCUUUUCUUCUAUGACAAAACGUAAAACAAUAUGUUACUACUCCCGACACAGUGUAACUCAAGAGUCAGACACAGUUCAAUAUGUAUUGUCAUAUAUGUUGUCCAAUAAGAUACAUUAUAUGGGGUUUUAAGAAUGUAAUAAAAACAAGUUUUGAAACAA